GUUUGGCUGCGCUCUCUGGAGAGAGUAGAGUAUAUUCGCAACGCGAUGAAUGUGUCCUCUGCACAGCCGCCAUCUUCCUGACGACCACCCCUCCACAGACUAGCGCUCGGUCCUUCGCCAAAAUGGUUACAGCCCGAACAGAAAGGGAUAAACAAGAGAGCCUCUAUGGUCUCAGAGCCGGGGCCUCGAUACUGACCCCAGCGCUGACGAAGCUAUUUCAUUUCCCAGAAUGCAUGGCGACUGAGGCCUGGCAGAAGGAGGAAGCCUGGCUGGAGUUGUUUCUGGUUGCUAGGCGACGUCCAGUCAUUCCCAGUGCCGGUGUCCGGUCUGAGCUGGGAGGAUAGACUGCGCUACUCUGAGCAGGAUGAGCGCCAUGGACGGCGUGGACCUCAGGAUCCUGGAGCUGGCGUCUAAGCUGACGGAGAGCAGCGACGGUUCAGAGCCGGUUCUGCUGCUGACCCUGAGAGAUAUCCUGGGGAGCGCCGCGGCCGGGAGCGAAGAUCUGCAGAGACUGAAGGAGGAUUCUUACAACUAUGGCCUGAUCCAGUACUGUGUUCUGGUCCUGAAGCGGGACUUCAGCCGGGUGGAAGGCGUGUGGACGACUGCUGCUGGUCUGACUGAGGUCCUAAGUAAGUGCUGUGUUGGUUUCAAUCCCAAGAACGAUGCCGAGGACUUUUACUCAAAGUUGCUUCCAUCUGCCGCCCUGAACAUGUUAGUGCUGGGAAGACGGAUCCAAGCGAGAUAUGUGCGCUCAGUCAAGGACGCGGAGCGCGCAGAGCUGCUGCGGUGUUUCCGGCUGGUGAUGGAGUCUCUCUGCUGGUUGUUCAGCGGUCACCUACAGCUGGCGGAGCUCGUUCUCAGACAGGACCAUUUCCUGCAGUUACUGAUGACUGAUGAUGUGGAGAGCAGCACGGCCGUCAUGUCUGUACUGCAGGCCAUCCUACGCGCCAACAGCACCGUCUUGCAUCAGAUUCCAGAGGAGACACUGCAUUCGAUCCUGGACGAACUGGUUUACAAACUGUCCGCCUCAUCCAAUCCCGUCACUGGCAAUUCUGCAACUCGGUCGCUGCUUCUGAUGGUGGAGUCCUAUCCUCAUUUAGUGCGGAUGGUGGUCACUCGAUAUAAAGGGCUCAGAUCUCUGUUGAGCAAACAAUGGACCGGGAAAGGUUUUGGCCGCGAGCUCAGCCGCCUCUUGGAUGUUCUGUAUUCCGGCUCCUACCAGCAGGAGGAGCUGCAGAGACUGCACCGCGCCGCGUGCAUCGUCCAGGCGGUGUGGAGGGGCUUUCAGAUACGGAAGAGGAUGAGGAAGUUACCUGGUGCCGUGACAUCUUUACAGAGGAGCUUCAGAGCUAAACGUGACCAAGAGAUGAAGCACCAGAAAAAGCAGAGAGAAGAAGAGGAGCUGAGGGAGCAGCUGAAACUGCAGAGACUCCGAGCAAUGAGGGCGUUCAGAGAGAAGCAGCUGACACUGCUGGAAAUCGUCCAUGCAGGACAAGUGGAGAAACACAUCCAGGAGACACAGGAGACGUCUGCAUUAAUGAUUCAGAAACACUGGAGGGGGCACCGAGACAGAAGACGAUUCCUGCUGCAGAAGCAAACACUGAAGCAGUACAAGGCCGCUGUCACCAUCCAGAGGGCGGCAAUAAGAUUUUUAAAGAAACAAAGAAAAAUACGCGAAUCGUUAUCUCCUUGGAAAAAACGCCAAGAUCUGACAGACGAGGAGCAUUGGAGGCUUCAGCAGAGAGUGGACGCUCACCUCCAGCUACGCCCGGCCCAGCAGAUGUCGCUAGAGCAGAGCCAGGAGCUGCAUGGGAAGGUUCAGGACAGACUGGGCCACUUCCUCCUGAGCAGGAAGCAGCAGCAACGCGCUGAGCAACGCAGGGAGGCGCUGCUCUCCCAGAUCAGCACAGACAUCAGCAUGCUCAUGGGGGCGCCGAGUCUCAGAGAUGCAGCGGAGAAGGACGUCGACUUCUUCACCAGCAGAUCCAUCCCAGUCGCCCUCAAAGCCAAGCAGUGUCACAGCACGAUGCUGAAACGCAGCCGCUGGCCCUGGUGGAAGCAGCUGAGCGACGAAUUUGUAGAGGAAGAUGAUGCCUUCCGGGGUGACAUUCCAGACCUGGAACAUGGCAUCAUCUUCAUUGCGGGAAGCAAACAGCCGUAAUUUACCCAGAAGACCCCUGGACCCACCGUGGACUCACUCAUCUCCACAUCUCAUAACUGGUACUUAAAUGGUUAAAUGCGUCUUGUCUUCAAUGCGUUUUCACCCGCUGCUCCACUAAUGCCCGUGAACUGUGACCCCGCGCUGAAGUCACCGCUGUCAUGUGACGCACAUAGGCUGCUAUGUAGAUACUGGAUGUACACGCGUGUACGCUGUAAUUACCUGUUUUCUAAUAUUUAUUUUUUUCACUGCUAAUAAACCGUCUAUUCUUUUACAUUCUCCACGUUCCUGUACCACUGGCUGGAGUUCAUUUCAUCCUCCUCAUGGCAGAGGCUGUGGCCCCCAGUGGUCGCUGUCAGGCCGGGUCCACAGUGGACUUUCCGUGCAGAAUCCACACCUUAAAGGGUUUUUCUGGGUUUUUAAUAUUGAUGGCGUAUCCCCAGAAUAAGUUGUCAAUAUCUGAUGGGCAGGGUGUCAACGCCCCACUGAUCAGCUGUUCUACAGCAGCUCCGGCGCCAGAACCGUGUCCGUUCACUGCCCACCGGACAGAGCUGUGUCAUUCCGGCGCAAGAGCUACUCCGAAACAGCCGAUUGGCAGCAAGCUAACGCACGCCG